AUGACGGAACCAGCAUAUCUCCAAAAGCUACGCAGCAUUCCCAAGUCCAACUUCCUCUUCGGACCUUCACCAAUCCAAUUCCUUCCGAGACUCACGGAAACCCUCUCUCCGGAUGGAACCAUCAAGAUCUACGCCAAGCGUGACGAUUGCAACAGCGGUCUUGCAUAUGGCGGAAACAAAGUUCGGAAACUAGAAUUUCUUGUCGCAGAUGCGAUUGCUCAAGGCUGCGAUACUUUAGUAUCGGUAGGCGGUGUGCAAAGCAACCACACCAGAGCCGUUACAGCAGUCGCCACAUCAUCCGGACUCAAAGCAGUUACAGUGCAAGAGAAGUGGGUUCCGAUCGAUCCGCCGCUCUACGACAAAACUGGCAAUAUUCUGCUCAGUAGACUCAUGGGCGGCGACGUUCGCCUCAAUUCAGAGGGCUUCCAUAUCGGCCACAAGGAGGCUACCAAGGCAGCCGUGGACGAAGUCGUUGCUAAAGGCGGUAAGCCUUAUUACAUUCCAGCUGGAGCGUCGGACCAUGAGCUCGGUGGGCUGGGAUUCACGAAUUUCGUGGUGGAGCUAGCGGAGCAGGAGAAAUUGCUGGGCGUGUUCUUUGACACGCUCAUUGUCUGUUCAGUUACAGGUUCCUCGCAUGCUGGUCUUAUCGUCGGCGCAGUCGCAGAAGGCAAAGGACGGAAAGUCAUCGGAAUUGACGCCUCUGCCAAAGCAGAUGAUACCAAGGCACAGGUUGCGAGGAUUGCGAGAAACACGGCAAAGUUGCUGGAUUCAGAACUCGAGAUUCCGGACGAGGCAAUUGUACUUGAUGAGCGUUUCCAUGAGGGUGUCUACGGUAUUCCAGGCCCAACGACCAUCGAUGCGAUGAAGCUUGCGGCCAGGACAGAUGCGCUGAUAACAGAUCCCGUGUACGAGGGCAAGAGCAUGGCUGGAAUGAUCCAGUUGGUAAAAGAGGGCGCUAUAAGCGCUGGAAGCAAUGUUCUGUAUGUACACUUGGGAGGUCAGCCGGCAUUGAAUGCUUAUUCGACCUACUUUGAAGCCAAGUAG